AAUUGACUGGCUUCAUAAUUUUCAGUGAACUUUUUUCAGUUUGGAAUAGGGAUCAAGAAAAAAUUUCGUAAAUAAGAACCUAUUAUGGCAUAAAAUUGUACUACAUAUAUUCCGAUCAUUGAGUUUCGAAUUCGUAAACCGACUGGUGCUAGACCACCGUUGAGAACCUGGAAGCACUUGACGGCGGUUUCGCCCUAUUGUGGGACUCCUCAGCAGUGCGCAUCCACAAUCCCGCUCGCAGGAUUCGGAUCCAGGGCCUUGAGUCUCGCACAUAGACACCUAACCUCUAGACCACUGAGCCAGCAUCCCAUGGUGUUAAUGUCUAGCCUCAACCAAUCCGUGAAAUUGCAUGACCAUCUCCCAUUGUACUGAGGUAGAUACCUGUCUCUAUUCGACACGGAUUAGUUCCAUUGGUUUCGAAUCCUGCAAGCGGGAUCGCGGGUGCGCACCACUAAGGAGUCCCACAAUAGGGCGAAACGACCGUUCAGUGCUUCCAGGUUUUCAAUAGUGGUCCAACAUUAAUCGGUUCAUGAUCUCAAUCAAAAACUUAAUAAUCUCCACAACCCUAUACUGAUAUUGAGAGCUUCAACGCUUUUAUGUAUCUACGAAUUGGAACAAUAAUUCUUGAGAUUAUCGAAUGCGAGAUACUGAACGAUUCUUAAAAAGAUGUAUAGCAAAGCAUUAUUAUUUGAUGUUUAUUCAAUUCAUAGUAAGUAAAGGAAACAUGUUUCAUUACAUCUGUUAAAGAUCGCCACUUUUAUUUAUAAUCUUAUGGUUCUUAGACCUAGUUUUUCUUUCCAUAAAUUGUUUUACCGCUUUAGUUUAUUAUUUGACUGAUGCUAAUAACAUUUAAAAUUUUUAAACAUUAUACUCGCAUUAAUCAAGCAUUAUCACAAUGUCGUUAUUACCAAUACACACAGUAUAUUGGCAAAAACCAGACACGGUAUUUUUCAACGGAAUCAUCUAAAAAUGUCUUGUCAGAUACAGUGACAAAUAAAUAUUGUACUGAUGAAGAAAUAAAAUGUUCAGAUAAAAGUUCUGUAUAUCGUUUUGUUCCAUCUAAACCUAUUUGGAAACGAUUCGAUGUUGGGGUGCAGCAUGAAUUAGAAGAGGUGAAUAGUAUAUCUGGAACAAAGGAUUGUGUAUCACCUGAUAAACAGGAUAUAUUUUAUAUUGAUCACAGUACUCUUCCAAAACGAACCCAAUUGGAUAUGAAUGUAGUUAAACUACUUGAACAGAUAUCGCUAAUAAAUUUCAAAGAAGAAAAUUUGAGAACUCUUGAGGAAGCUAUACGCUAUGCUGAUUCAUUGCUAACGAAAGAAGCUUUUCAUGGAACAACUAAUAAUCAAUGUUGGAGUCUAGAUAAUACAGAACCGAUGAUUAGUUUAUGUGAUGAAAUUAAUGUUGGUUCCAAUUGUUUUUUAGAUGAUGACGAUGGUGAUAAUCACAUUGCAUAUAAUUGUAAUCUAGCUACUGAUAUUAUGGAACAAGUACCUGAUGAAUGGGAAGGUUAUAUUGUUGCUCCAUUGGGUAAUAUUCCAGUAGAGCAAAAUGAAUCUAAUCGAGUUCAAGGAGUGACGGUGUAGUUACUCGGUCAACAAAGUGAAUAUAUUCAUAAUUUUGAUGAAAAUAGCAGAAAAGAAACAAAUAUACACGUAUUAACACAGUGUAUACCGUAAUAAUAAAAAUCAAAAUGAGAGUAACAA